CGUGCUCGGACACGCGGCUCGCGAUCGUCGUCGACGCUUCAGUCGUCACGCCGCGAUCCUCUCCGACGGCAUGUGGACGCUUAAGUCCUUCCCGCGCCAAACGACGGAAAUAUUCUCGUCACGAGUCUUGUCACUCGGUGCGUCACGCUGAACUUCCUUCUCCGCGAACGCAGGGAAUCUCGUCGUGUUAAUUAUGCGUGGAUUUUGUUCGUUGUGAAACCUAUUGUGAAACAUUUUUUUUUGCUCCAGGAAUCCUAAACUUGUAAUUGACGAACCAUUUGUGACGUUAUAAUUGAAUCCACACGCUCGACCUCCGAACUCACGAGUUACCUCAUUUUCCUCCUCUGAAAGUUCGAGCUCCUCUUGAAUCCAGCGGAUUUUUCCGGUUGAUUCUUCUUUUCGUGAGUUUUUACGACGUCGAAAAAAUUCUUCGUGAUCUGUUUCAUCGGCUCACGAGUUUUGUGAUCGUUCGGAAGGUAUCGCUUUGCUUUUCUUUUCGAAGUUGGUAUUGCAAGGACGAUUCGUGAUGCAGCAUGGUUUUAACUUUUAAUCCAGCGACUGUUCAGUGAAGGAUGUCGCAAAGUAAACGCUGGUCGGGUACCUCGCACCAUUAACACACACCUACCAUCUUCCAUAAUAACUCAUCUCCAAAGUAGAUCUUCCAUUGAGAACGUUUCGUGGACGUGAAGCGUCAUGCCGGCGUUCUACGCGUCAUCGGAAAUCGGAAGCCCACAUCCUGACCGUUUUAUUUCAGUAUAAAUGUUACUUUUGAGUGGAGUGUCCACCCACUCCAGUUCUGCCCGUUUGCUCACGUCUUACCUCCCGAUUAAAUCAUCUGGUGACAUUUCUAGUCCCUCAUGAAGUGCAACGGAAGUGAAAUACCGUUACGGACCGCAACCUCCAGGUUAGAACCUGAGACGAAAUAAACUGAAAAUGAAGUUGGUCGUGAGGAGUAGAGUUUUAUGAUAAGAAUCGAGAGAUUGAUGGAAAUAUUACGGAUUGUUGAUAUAUUGCAAAAUUUAAAGCGGGGAGGUUAAUUUUCAUACGGAAAUCUACGCUUAUUUCGCCAGGAUGGAUACUAUUGAAACGGCGAACUGCCGGUCGCGAUCAGCAGAUUUUUCCGCCGGAGUUCUACGUUCAUAAUCGAGAGAUCUAUUAAAAUAUUACGGCUUGUUUAUUUAUUGCAAAAUUUUAAGCGGGGAGGUUAAUUUUCAUUCGGGAAUCUCGGCUUAUAUCACCAGGAUGGAUACUACUGGAACGACGAACUAUGUGUUGGAAUCAGCAGAUUUUCUUGCCCUAUCGAUAAGACUGCCGAGCUGCUGAACGAACCGCUAAGGAUGAACCGGAAAAGAUUCAAAGAGCCGGAAGCCAAGGGUGGGUCAUCGCGUUCGUAGCGGGCGACAUGAGCCAAGAGGACAUCGACGCGAGUCACGUAGUGGCCUUCUCCAACCUAUCGGCGGCCUUCCGCGACCAGAACGGGAGCAAGGCCGGGACGGAAUGGGUCAUCCUCAUGAACCGCGAGGGCCUGGAGCCGGCCUACAACCAAGCCGAGUCGGACGCCAGCCGCCCGGAGACCUGCUUCGGCUACCCGACGCUCUUCGUCUUCCUCGAGUUCACCUACUCGUACUACCUGCCGGUCAUCAUCUUCAUGGGCCUCGUGGGUAACUUCCUGUCGUGCAUCGUGUUCCUCAACACGCACCUGAAGAUGCGGAGCUCGAGCUACUACCUGGCCGCGCUGGCCGUCGCGGACUUCGGCUUCCUCUUCUCGAUCCUCCUGGUCUGGAGCAACGAGUACCUGGGGGUGGAGCUGUUCCACCGGGAGGGGUGGUGCCAGGCGCUGGUGUACCUGAGCUCGGUGUGCGGGUUCCUCUCGGUGUGGCUCAUCGUGGCGUUCACGGUGGAGCGGUUCAUCGCGGUGCAGUACCCGCUGCACCGGCCGACGAUGUGCACGGUGGCCCGGGCCAAGACGAUCGUGACGUGCAUCACGCUCUUCGCCCUCGGGGUCAACUGCUACACCUUCUUCACGGCCGGGAUCGUCGAGGCGACCAAGGGGGUGCGCGAGUGCGGCAUGUUCGAGGACUACCGCGAGACGAUGCACAUCAUCAACAUCAUCGACUCCCUCGUCACGCUCAUCAUCCCGCUCGUGUGCAUCGUCGUCAUGAACGUCAUGAUCACCCGGAACCUCAUCAAGUUCCGGCGGACGUUCAACAACGAGUCCGGGCUCUCCCAGUCCAGCUGCACCAUCACGCACCGCUCCGACUUCAACCUCAACCAGCUCAAUUGCGUUGUUUGGUUUCAGUCGAGCAGCUCGAGUCAGCCGUCGGCGUCGGCGGGGAGCAACCGGAACGUGCUGCUCAAGAACGAGGCGAUCCGGAUGGGGUCCUUCCACUCGUCGAGCAACGUGGGCCGCCCGGGGCCCGGCCCCAUGUCCGGCGUCGUGAGCCAGAACUGCCAGCUCUCGGCCACCGCCGCCGUCGCCGCCGCCACCGGCUCCACGGCCCCGCCCCCCGGCCGCAUCAAAGCCCUCGGCCCCGCUCGCUGCAUCCAUGUGCGGUCGUCGAACACGAACCUGGUCUCGACGAGAACUCAGCAAAGUAUAACGAAAAUGCUUUUGCUCAUCUCUACCGUUUUUGUCUUGCUCAAUUUACCCAGUUACGGUGUCCGGUUGUUCGUGUUUGUUUGGUACUCGCUGUGGCGACAAAACACGCCCGAAACACUGUGGUGCAUCCAACAGUUGUUCAUGGUGCUGUACUACACGAAUUUUAGUGUCAACUUCCUCCUGUACUCAAUGUGUGGGAUCACAUUUAGACGCUGUCUAUGGCAGAUGAUUCGAAAUCUUUGUAAGAAGCUAUCAAGACUCCAUUACUCUGAGUGAACGUUCGUGCCACGUCGUUUCAUUCUCGCCUAGUUUUGAGCCUAAUGAUCUCUAUCUCUAACUGUCCUUCAGAUUCUCUGACUCAACUUUUAUAAAUCUCUUGUAUCUUAGUUUAUUCAUAUAGUUGUCAGGAACUGCUUCUUCGCGUGUCUUUUCUUAUAUUUUUGUACUGCUCUUCAAUAGAAAUUAACAGCAGGCAACACGAGUGUGGGAUUGAAGGAAGUCGUUAUAUCAUCUUAUGAUUUUUCAAACCACACUGGAAAGAAAAACAACACAUUGGAUCUAGAGUCCAGACUCUUAAAAACAUCGACAAGAAAAAGUACUCUUGAUUCAAUCAGAAUCUAGCUUAAAUCAAGAACCC